UCAAAACGCGCAUGCUUAUCGAAGCCUGCAUGGAAUUACGAAGCCUGAAUUAACAAUAAUCUUUCGUUCUAGGGAAGAUAAUUCUUUCAAAAAGGCGCUUUUGCCUUUUUUAACAUUUCCUCGAUUCAGCUGUGGAACAAAUGAGUUGAUAUGAGAAAAGCAGGGCACUUUCUGUGUAUUUUGUCCGUUAUAAUAGUUCUGGUCAUACGUGGAACUUGGACAAUAAGACACGAUACUUUCUGGGGAGAAAAAGCGCCCCCUGGAUGUCAGCCGUGUCCUAGGAGCGACGAAGGAUUGUUUGACACUCCAAUUUGUGGCAAGAAUGGAAUCGCUUACAAAAACUUCUGUUAUCUCACUUUAAGGAACUGCAUCGCCAAGAUAUUGAAGAAGGAAUUGGUUUCCCCCUCUAGCGAUCCGAAAACUUGUGGAUUUAAAAGAAAAAAGCGGGCAUUGAAAUCUGAUGCGAUUACGACGGACAAACAAUACUAAACUGGAAGACUACAUGACAAGUCUAGCCAAAGAGGAAAAUGUGUAUUCUCCAACCAUUACAUCAGCUAGAGCUGUCUUCCAACGAUUUCUGAAAGUUACCUAUAACAGAAGACCUCAAAAACAUUUUUUAACUACUCAGUUGCGCUAAAAAUUAACGCGGAGAGAUUUUUUUUUAACAAAUAGCUCUUUCCAAGUGAAAUAUGUGUAUAAAAUGAAUUAAAACUAUCUAGGUUUGCCCUAGCCCGCAGAAAUGAGUCUCAGAGCCCAGACGACAAACUGACUGAAAGCUUGUAAGAAGAAGCAAAAAUCCUUGCGGUUCGAUCUCAUUAUCUGAACUUCGCACUUACCCCUUCCCUACCCCCCCACAACAGUCAAAGGAUAACAAGUUAGGGUUAAGGGAGGGGUGGGUGCACAGUUGCUAAUAUUGAUCCAAAAAGUCUUGCAGGCUUAACCCCACGUGCACUUAGUCUGGGAACUGAUACUGUGCAGUAACUCGACGCCAUGAUUCUCUUCUACCCCUGGUUAAAAUAAAAAAAAUUGAACUGAUUUGUAAUUUUUGGGGGAAAUUAAGAAAUUUUGAAAAGAAUUCUAGCCCUAUAUUAUAUAAUUAUGUAAAUAUUUAAGUUAAAUGUGCAUAUGGAUGAUCAA